UCUUGACACGUAUCGAGCAACGAAGUUGGCGGAGUCCAGUGUUGAAUUGUUCAUUGUUGCAGGUAACAGUGACGGUCAAAAAUGUCAGGGUUUGACAACUUCAACACAGAUUUCUACCAGUCCAGCUACAGUGUAGAUGACCAAGGCCAACCUGCUGGAUAUGGCUACAGUAACACAGAAGACCCCUACAAACAGGGUCAGUAUGACUACUCCCAACCGAUGGGAUACUCAGCCCCAGGGAUGAUGCAACCCCAGCAGCCCUACACAGGCCAGAUCUACCAACCCACACCAGCCUUCACACCUUCCCCCACACAGUCCAUGUACGGCAGCAGCUUUGAUGACGAGCCCCCACUGCUGGAGGAAUUGGGCAUUAACUUUGACCACAUCUGGCAGAAGACCCUGACAGUGCUCCACCCCAUGAAGGCAGCAGAUGGUAACAUUAUGAACGAGACUGACCUGGCUGGGCCCAUGGUGUUCUGUCUGGCCUUCGGAGCCACCUUACUUCUGACAGGAAAGAUCCAGUUUGGCUAUGUGUAUGGCAUCAGCGUCAUCGGCUGCCUGGGGAUGUACUGUCUCCUCAACCUAAUGAGCAUGACAGGUGUGUCGUUUGGCUGUGUCGCCAGUGUACUGGGCUACUGCCUUCUACCCAUGAUCCUCCUUGCCAGCUUCGGAAUCAUCUUUUCUUUACAAGGCAUGUUUGGAAUAAUCAUCGCAGCCACAAUAAUUGGCUGGUGCAGUUUCUCUGCUUCCAAGAUCUUCAUCUCGGCCCUGGCCAUGGACGGACAGCAACUUCUGGUGGCGUACCCCUGUGCCCUCCUCUAUGGGGUGUUUGCCCUCAUCUCUGUCUUCUGAACUGUCUCUGUCUGUCAUCUACACCAUGCAGGAAAACGGCCCAGCAAACCCAACUAACUUGAGGACCAGUAAGAAGCGCUGCUGUGCUGCACCCACAUCACAGUGCAGUGGUGUGGCCAGAAACCCUGUCAGUUUCAUUCCACUUUUACAUCAUGACAGGGGUCAGUUAUAGAGUAUCAAUUCCAAACCAUUUCAAUUCAGGACUAAGGACCCAUCCACGGACCACUGCAAUCUUAUAUUUAAUGUAAAGCUUGUUCUUUAUUAUGUUUGUUUUUGUUUCUAAGAUUUAUUUGAGCUUUGAGGCCUUCAGAAAAUGCUUUGCACAGGUAUUUUCAAUUUUAUUCAACUGAAGCAGGUGACUUGAAAUUGAGUUGUUAAAAUAAGACCUUGUUGCAUAGUUAAUCUAUCUCUAAUAUCAACAGCUCUCUCAUUCAUACAUACACAUCUGGGUACUCAGAGGUCUCCUUACAAGUCUGAAAAGACAUGUUUUAUAAACCUGCAAUCAUUUUCACUCCAUUUUCUGUCCUGUUAGGUCUUUCUUAGAACAAUUUAAAUUGCUGAAACAUGAGGCGCUGCUUGACCAAAACUCUGCCUUGUGGCAUUCUCAAUUAUUUUCCAGCC